AUGAGUGCUUCCUUUAUUUCCCUAAUACUCAUUAAAGCCGAGAGAUACAUCAUUUUAGGCAUGGAGAAAAACCUUAUGAAAGAUGAGAUCAACAGGAAUGAGAACUUGUUACCCAACAUCACCUUGGUCUCCAAGAUAUACGAGAAUGGUUUUCAGGCAAUGAAAGCCUCUGAGAGCCUUUUCACUCUCUUCUUUGUGGAAGACCGCUGUCAGCUCAAUUACAGGAAGGGAAAGGAGCAAAACAUCAUGGCUGUCAUCGGUGAUCUCCCUUCCCAGAACACAAUUCAGGUGGCCAACACCUUAAAUGCCUACAAGAUUCCACAGCUUCGUUUAUUUCUGAAAAACCUCCAUUUCAACAAUAGUGCUGGGGAAGAAAUAGUUUUCAAUGAGAAUGGAAACCUGGCAGCAGCAUACGAUAUCAUCAACUUGAUUACUUUCCCCAAUCGAUCCUUUCAGAAGGUCCAAGUUGGAGGUGUUGAACCUCAGAGUUCUCAAAAGGAAGGCCUCACCAUAAAUACAACUGCCAUUGUAUGGAAUCCCAAAUUUAAGCAGACACCACCUUCUGCCACCUGUGUAGAGAGCUGCCAUCCUGGGUACCAGAAAUUGAUUAAGGAGGGGAAACAGGUUUGCUGCUAUGACUGUGUCGAGUGUUCAGAGGGAAGCAUUUCCACCAUGAUUGAUUCCAACCAAUGUGAGAGGUGUCCAGAAAAACAAUAUCCAAAUGAGAAACACCAUCAAUGUAUUCCCAAAAUUAUCAUCUACUUAUCCUACAAAGAAGUCCUGGGAGAAGUCCUGACUGGCUUUGCUGUUUCUUUUGCUGUCAUCACAGUUGUGGUGAUGGGGACAUUCAUCUUCCACCAGAACACUCCCAUCGUCAAAGCCAACAAUUGGGAUAUCACCUGCACCCUGCUCGUCUCGCUCCUGCUGUGUUUUCUUUGCUCCUUCCUCUUCCUCGGAUGUCCAGGGACAGUCACAUGUCUCCUCCGACAAGCAGUUUUUGGAGUUGUCUUCUCCAUUGCAGUGUCUUGUGUGUUAGCCAAAACCAUCACGGUGGUUCUGGCCUUCAUGGCCACAAAGCCAGGGAACCGCAUGAGGUUGUGGGUGGGGAAAAGGCUGUCCGUCUCAGUCAUUGUUUUUUGCUCCCUUAUUCAAACAAGCAUCUGUGCUGGGUGGUUGACCAUUUCUCCUCCUUUCCCAGACUUGGACAUGCAUUCCCAGGUGGAUGAGAUCUUAGUGCAAUGCAACGAAGGCUCGGAGAUCAUGUUUUAUGUUGUGCUGGGCUACAUGUGGCUUCUGGCCCUCAUCAGCUUCACGGUGGCCUUCUUUGCCCGGAAGUUACCUGACACUUUCAAUGAAGCCAAACUCAUCACCUUCAGCAUGCUGGUCUUCUGCAGUGUUUGGGUGUCCUUUGUGCCCACUUACUUGAGCACCAAGGGGAAAUCCAUGGUGGCUGUGGAAGUCUUCUCUAUCUUGGCCUCAAGUGGUGGCUUAUUAGGCUGCAUUUUCCUGCCCAAGUGCUACAUCAUCAUACUGAGACCAGAGCUGAAUACCAGAGAGCAGCUAGUUAGGAAAAAGACUGAUGUGAUAUCAAGGGCAGCAUGAAUGAUAUCUGAAUUUAUAUGAUUUGGAUGAAAAUGUUCUGCAUUCUGAAUUUUAUUCAGAAAUAAUUGUCUUCUUAAUUUUUUUAAUUGCAAUAGAAUUUAGAUUUGUUAAGUGCGUGAAUUGCAAUAGAAUUUAGACUUGUUAAGUGGGUGAGAGUGACCAAGGUUCGGGCUCUCCAGACGGUCUUCACCAAUGUAAUUUUGUACGCUCCGCCUACCUGCGCGACUACGUGACCUACGUUGGCCACGGAUUGACAGACUGACGACUAGGAGGAGAGGGGUUUUGUGUCCUUAUACGGGCAUCCGCCGGUGGUUGGCUAAUCCACCGGCAGGAAGUUUAAAUGAAUGUCAUUGGCCGGCUAGCUUGCCAGAGCUGUAUAUAAGGAGGGCUCGGCAGCACAGCCGGCAGUUCCGUAUGAGCUGAAUAAAGUGCUGAACGGAC